UUCAUUCAAUUGAUAUCUUUACCAAACGGAUCAUGAUUGCUUUAAAAUAAGGAAACAAGAAGAAAAUCCACCUCGAACCCCCCUCCCUUCUUUUCUUCUCUCUAUCAUCAAAUCUCGAAUCUUUGUAGAGAGGGACAGAUCAAAGGAGUUGGAUACUCGAUCCCAUGAACAUCUUGCUAUCUGGGUUUUGAUUUGAUAACCGGAGAUGAAGGAAGAUGAAUCUAAUUGGUUCUCAAAGUGGGAAGAAGAACUGCCGAAGCCAGAAGAGCUUAUACCCUUAUCUCAAACCCUAAUCACACCUGAUCUUGCGAUCGCCUUCGAUAUUGGAAGUUCCCAAAUCCCACUCAACCACCAUCAUCAGUCACUUCAACACCACCAACAACCGCCGGCGAUUUCAACCCCGUCGUCACAGCCAAAUUCGGGGGAAUUCGAUUCAUCUGAGCUUGGUGGUGGUGGUGAUGAGCCGGCUCGCACCCUAAAGCGUCCUCGUCUCGUCUGGACUCCACAACUCCACAAGCGAUUCGUGGACGCUGUUGCUCAUUUGGGGAUCAAGAACGCCGUCCCCAAAACCAUAAUGCAGCUCAUGAGUGUUGAUGGGUUGACUCGAGAAAACGUCGCGAGUCACCUCCAAAAAUACAGGCUUUACUUGAAACGUAUGCAGGGUUUGUCUUCCGGUGGCGGGGGCAACGGUGCUGGUGGAUUUGGGUCUGGCGGAGACCCCGCUACCGACCAUUUGUUUGCAAGUUCACCGGUGCCACCUCAUUUUCUCCAUCAAUCUCACCCCAAUUCCGACAAUUUCCUGCCAUAUAUGCCGGUGGCUGCACUUCAGCAGCAACAUCACCACCAACAGAUGGCGGCCGUCGCAGGGCAUCAUCUCCAUCGGCAUGUGGGCCAUUUUGGGUCGGUCACUAAUGGGCAGUCCAAUCAUCAGUUUUUGAGCAGACAAUCGAAUCAACCUCUUCACAGGGUAGGGACUCCAGUUCAUAAUUCUUACAUGGAUGAUCUGGAAUCUGCAAAAGAGAAAAAGGCUCUGACAUUGUUCCCAAUUGGGGAUGAUUGAAUUUGGGUGCUUUUCACUCCUAAACAUUGAAUUAUUACUGGUAUAUGGUGAUCAUGCCAAAUUUGCUGCUAUGAGGGUUUUAAGAGUUAUUGUUGAACAAAGAUGACAUUGUUGAUGAUGCUGGCGAUAGUGAAAGGCAAAUGCCGAUACAAAACGUCUUCUUUGACAAAACGAGAAGACCGAUGACAUGGCAAUUUGCUACAUAUUUAAAGACCUGAGCUUGUAUCCAUGUUGGUAAACUUCAUAUGUGUAGGCAUUUUACUUCUCCUGUUACUUAUUUUUACAUGUGAAAAGAUGAUCUUUGCUUCAUUGUAAAUUCGGGGUUGUUGGUAGACCCUGAAACCGAUCUUUGAUCAUAUAAUUAAAAAAAAAUAUAUCUAAUAAUACUCUUGUAUCA